GUUUCGAAAAGCCUUCAGCAAUCCAACAGAGAGCUAUCAAGCCGAUAGUGAAAGGCAGAGACGUGAUAGCUCAGGCUCAAUCGGGUACUGGUAAAACAGCCACAUUCUCCAUUGCAAUUCUGCAGACUUUGGACACUCAGUUGCGCGAUGCCCAGGUGUUGUGUCUCUCACCCACCAGAGAACUCGCCGUACAGAUACAAAAGGUCAUUCUUGCUCUUGGUAAUUUCAUGAAUGUUCACUGUCAUUCCUGUAUUGGAGGAACAGGUUUGGGAGAAGAUUUGCGAAAAUUGGAUUUUGGUCAACAUGUCAUAUCUGGAACACCUGGAAGAGUAUUUGAUAUGAUUAGGAGACGCGCUCUGAGGACAAGGAACAUAAAAAUGUUGGUACUGGACGAAGCCGAUGAAAUGCUGAAUAAAGGUUUCAAAGAGCAAAUAUACGACGUAUAUCGAUAUCUUCCACCAGCAACUCAGGUUUGUCUGAUCUCUGCUACACUCCCCCAUGAAAUUUUGGAAAUGACCAGCAAAUUCAUGACUGACCCCAUCAGAAUCCUUGUAAAACGUGAUGAACUGACACUGGAAGGAAUCAAGCAGUUCUUUGUUGCCGUUGAACGCGAAGAAUGGAAGUUUGACACACUCUGUGACCUGUAUGACACACUCACUAUUACACAGGCUGUCAUCUUCUGCAAUACUAAGCGAAAAGUGGAUUGGUUGACAGAAAAAAUGAGGGAAGCCAACUUUACAGUCAGUUCUAUGCAUGGUGAUAUGCCUCAGAAUGAGAGAGAUACCAUCAUGAAAGAAUUCAGAUCAGGCACCAGUCGUGUGCUGAUCACGACGGACGUGUGGGCGCGAGGCAUAGACGUGCAACAGGUGUCACUGGUGAUCAACUACGACCUGCCCAACAACCGUGAGCUCUACAUCCACCGCAUCGGUCGGUCGGGUCGCUUCGGGCGCAAGGGUGUCGCCAUCAACUUUGUCAAAAGCGACGACAUCAGGAUUCUGCGCGACAUCGAACAGUACUACUCCACGCAGAUCGACGAAAUGCCUAUGAAUGUGGCUGAUUUGAUCUAAGACGUCGUCCUUUGAUAUUAUGAUGCAAACUACCUGUAAGAAAAUAGAAUAGUUUUGUAUUAUCUCAUUAA